UAAUCUGCAUUAACACAAUAUAAUGAGUUAUAUUAUAAGACGGUUAAAGUAUUUAAUUACAAACGGUUUUCCUAAAGAGCACUGUAAAAUGGUUUUAGUUGUGAGAAGUGAUAUUGCAAUGGGCCGAGGAAAAACAGCAUCUCAAUGUGCUCAUGCUGCAGUCGAGUGUGUGCAACGAUGCUCUAGUAGAAAAAAUAAUAAAGAAAUUCUAGAUACCUGGUUUUUUUUGGGACAACCAAAAAUUAUUCUAAAGAUCACCAGUGAAGAAAAACUCAAGAAUUUAGCCGAUCAAGUCAAGACUCGUGGAAUUACUGCAGUCAUUAUUAGAGAUGCUGGCAAGACUCAGUUGGAACCUGGAACUAUUUCAGUUCUGGGCAUUGGGCCGGGACCUAAUAGUAUCGUGGAAGAUCUCACUGCACAUCUCAAAUUACUGUAAAAUUGUAGAAUAUAUUUUUUAUCCAAUAGA